UGCUUUCAGCGGAGAGAGUGACUUUGCCAUGUCGUAAAGAUCCUUUAAUAUGAUUGGCUCUUGUCCCUAAUUCCUCACUGAAUCUAAACGUAUAAACCAAUCAUAUUAAAGAAUCUUAAAACAGCUCCUUUUUUUGCUGAAUGCAGCCAAUGACAUCUGAUUUGUUGCGUUCCGUAUGGCUCUUGGCUCUCGUUCGUAUGAAUCGUGCAGAGGAAUUCUAAAAUUUGUAUUUUCAUUAUCGGAUAUAUCUUCGGCCGUGUAUGACGCCAAUGGAUUGCACCAUCUUUUGGCUGCGCCUAAAAUACAAUAUAAUCGCAGCGCGAUAUCACAACAUCCCCUGGACAUCGCCUGGUGAGCUGUGCUUCGGAAUCUGAACACGUGGCACGUGAUCGCAUGGAUUUCAAGGAUCUCGCGAGGGUUUGGGGUCACGCGCGCAGCGUUUGACGUCGACGUGGUGGCAACAAAGGAGCUCAACGGCGCCGCCGCGCAAAAACCGCUUUGUUGCAGUUUAUUUUUGCAUUCGGAAUCGCUAUAUUUUUGCGCGCAACGCGAUCUUAAAAUAGAUCGCGACGACGACGGCGGUGGCGGCGGGCAGUAGUGUGUGAUGUAUUUUCCGCACGCUGACGAGGAGCGAGGAUCAUGAGUUUUGAGGUUACCCCGUUUUUGGGUGAUCGCAGCUGAUUCUACUCCGGAACGUCGCGCGGUCGAGGAAGAUAGAACGACAGAGGGAGAGGAGAGAGGAGGAGGGCACGAGGAUGGACACCACGUGCGAGAUAAUCGAGGAGCCUCAGCAGUCGCUGGCCAAGCGGAUUUACUAUUCGGCGAAAGAUGGAAUGGCGAUUGCUCUUUAUACCCUGCUGUACGACAAGUCCGAGGUCGACAUCAAUCAGUUGAUUAACAAGAAAAUUGUAGAAGAUGAUGGACAAUGUUGCACGCCUUUAGUGAUUGCCGCACGUUACGGGCAUAACAAAGUAGUUAGACUGUUGCUUGAAAAGUUCAAUCCUGAUUUAGAACAGGAAGGAACCGUCAAAUUCAAUGGAUACGUUAUUGAAGGAGCCACAGCGCUUUGGGCCGCAGCAGGAGCAGGACACCUGAAUGUUCUUAAAACUCUCGUGAAAGCAGGAGCGAACGUGAAUCACGCAACAAAAACUAACUCUACUCCGCUUCGAGCGGCAUGUUUCAAUGGACGUUUGGACAUCGUUAAAUAUUUGGUCAAUCACCAAGCGGAUAUACAUAUUCCCAAUUCAUUCAACAACACUUGCCUUAUGAUAGCAUCAUACAAGGGACAUCUUGAUAUCGUUACUUUUCUAUUGGAAAAAGGGGCAGAUCCGAACAAAAAAGCGUAUUGUGGAGCGACGGCUUUGCAUUUUGCCGCCGAGUGUGGACACGUGGUCAUUGUACGCGAACUGCUGCAAUAUGGAGCGCAAGUGACAACGAAUGUGAAUGGUAUGACGCCUUUAAUAACGGCCGCCGAGCGAACGCGCGAGGAUGUCGUUAUAUAUUUAACACAAAGGAAAGAAACGACAAAGGAGGAGGAAAUAGAUGCCUUCGAGCUACUUGGAGCAUCUUACGCUAAUGAUAAAGACAAUUAUUGUCUAAUUAAGGCGUACACAUAUCUACGCAGAGCAAUGGAAUUAAGAUACAGUGAUCCUGAUAAUAUUAUAUAUAAGCGAUUAGGUUCGAUUGUAAAAGCGUACGAAAAUUGGAAGGAAUGCGAGACAUUAGAAAAAUUGGAGAGUAUCAAAGAUAAUCCUAAUGCCAUACACAUGGAAUCGCUCGCUAUUCGAGAGAGAAUAUUAGGUCCUCAUAAUCCAGAACUGCCACAUCCUAUAAUAUUCAGAGGCGCCAUAUUUGCGGAUAACGCUAGAUUCGAUAGAUGCAUAGACCUAUGGUUACAUGCUUUAGAAUUAAGACAACUAAAUGAUCUAUCUGUUAUGACGGAUCUUCUUCGAUUCGCACAAGUGUUCUCGCAAAUGAUACAUGUGGGUGUUUAUCUAGAUCUUUCUCAAGUGAUAAACGUUCUGAAUGCAAGCGUAACGAAAUUGAAUAGAAACAAAAACAAAAUCCAGAACCCAGAUUCUAAGGAUGAUCUCGAUCAAUAUAUUGAAGAGAUGGAAUCGGACAUUAUAACGACUCUAUAUAUUCUAACAAUUCUGACGAAAUUAAUAACGCUUAAUAGAAACAGAUGUGACGAAUCGGAUUUAACACAAGCACAUCAUUUAGUACAUAAAUUAUGUGCAUUAGGAGUGUGCUUGAAAGAUGGGCAGACUCUAUUACAUCUUGCCGUGAAUGCUGAAACUCCUGUUGAUGAUUUUCAUACUAAUGAUGUCUGCAAAUUUCCGUGUGCAGCUACGGCACAGUUAUUGAUUCGUUGCGGUGCUAAUGUAAAUGCAAUGGAUAACGAAAGAAAUACUCCACUUCACAUUAUUGUUGGUUACAGUAAAGCAAUUAGCGAUUUUGCGACUUUACAUUCAAUUAUAAUAGAUCUUAUAGAAGCUGGAGCACAUAUGGAUACUGUAAAUAAUAAAGGGCAUACACCGUAUGACAUAGUCACUACGGGUGUAGCUAAAAUAAUAUUACGUACUCAGACUAAAUUAUCAUUAACGUGUAUGGCAGCUAGAGCAAUUAAAACUUACAAUCUGCCGUAUCACGGUAAUGUUCCACGUUCGCUCGAAAGCUUUAUAGAACUGCAUGGACCUGAACUCAAUCAAAGUUGACAAAUCUUCAUUGCCACGAAGAAUUGAUAUUUUGUACAAAGUAUGUAAUGCUUGAUAAUAUUUUUGUAAAAAUUACUAGAUAAUUCGAGUAAAAUAUAAUAUAUAAUAUGUAAUUUAAAUAUCUUGCAUAAGAUCGGAAUCCCAUAAAUAUUUUUAAAAGACAAUGACGUGCCAUUUAUAUAUACUGUUUGUACAAUUGUAUAAUGAUUCGUGGAAGCUGUGUGAAUUUUUACAAUGCAGAUCUUGAUAAUUCUUAUUCUUGUUAUUAAUGAUAUACGCGUUUCUGAUUAUCGAAAAUUGUUUUUUAUAUUAAAUAUUAUAGACGGAUAGAUAGUAUAUUGCUGCAUAGUCGCUACGUAAGCAAGUAUUUAAAUAAUUAGGGCUAUUGUGCAUUCAAUUUUUGCUGUCAUUUUCAGUGAUUUAAACUGUAAUUACUCUGUGAUAAAUAAAAUAAACUUUUCAAAUUACGA